ACAGACAUAUUGACUGCUUUUUUUUGUGUUGUUUUUGGUUGUACUUUAUUUACAAUAACGAUGUUACGGAGAGGGCAGGCGAUGCUGCCUUUCUUCUUAUUGACCUGGGUCUUGAGGCUUACACAAGCUCUUGCUUCAGCUCAUGAUCCCCUGCAGGAUGAAGCGGCUGCAAAUUCCAUGUCAGGGACAGGAAACUUGGAUCUUGGAGGGAACUUGAGCUUGCCUACUGAUUUAGCCAUUCCUUAUGCUGAGGACCUUUUUUCUAAACAGGAUUACUUUUCACCAAAUGGAAAAGGUGAACUUUCUAAGAUUGCUGGUUAUUCUGCAGAUCAACAGAGGCAGUCUCUUGAUCAUGUGUUUUCUGAGCCUGAUGCUGCAAAUGAUGGGCUUUUUGAUUUCAGCCAGCAUUAUAGGUAUGAUGAGAAUGCACUUGAACAACCUGUCUUUUUCAAUCCAGAUAGUGAUGACUUCAAUUCUGAUUUGACCAAGACCUCUGUCCCUUUUGUUGCUGAGUACCCUAUGGCUUCAGAAUCUGAAGGAGAUGUGAAACAUGUACUCUUUACUGAUCGGAGUAAUGACCCUGAUGUGGACUUCCCUCAAGUCUUUGCAUAUGCUCAUUCAGCUACUUCAGAUAAAGAAAAUGUGUCUAAUACCGCUACCCUUGAUCUUCUAGCAGUCAAUGAUUCGGUUAUUAAUCUUGCAGCAGAAGUGGGUAUAGGUGAACUUGGCAAAGAGUUUGAUUCUUCUGACCACAAGUCUGGUGACUAUUCUGAAACCCUAGGCUAUGAUUCUCCUGCCUUUGCAGAGCUUGAAAAGGAAGGCACUGAUACUUUGCAUCCUGAUGUGCGUUCCUAUCAUCGUGAGGACCUAGUUACUGGUGACCUUAAUGGAAUGCAUGUUUCUUCUUUUGACCGUUCUGUGCUUACUGAUAUAAAUCUGCAGUUGGAUGAAGCUCUUUCUCCAGCUCUUAAGAUUGCCAGUGCACUCAACUCUCCUGAUCUCUCUGGAGGUCCCAGGGUGCCAAGCAGCAUCUAUGAUGCCUCUGUAGGGCUCUAUGGUGUAUUUAAUCUACCUAUUACCCCAGAAAACCCUCCUCCCCAUAGCACAGGAGAGCCAACCACCUUGGCUUCAGCAACUACAUGCGGUGUUGCAGGCAUGACCAUCAAAUUGUUUGGUGGAAGACUGACAGACCUCAAAGUGCGAGCCGCCUUCAUGUUAGUUGAAGUAAGCAAAGUUACACAGAGGUGCAAGUACAAGGUGUUUGAGAAAAAUGGAGUUGUCCACUUUACAACUGCCUUCAAAGGUUGCCAUGUGAAGGCAUGGGGUGGGCAAUAUGUCUUGACCCUGAUGUGGAGAAACAACUAUGUGCAUAUGUCCUGUCCAAUUCCCACACCUGAUAGACCUAUUACAAUCUGUGGUAAGAGUAGCAUGACCAUCAAACUCCCAGCAGGACCAAUAGAAGCGCUUCGUGUAAAAAAUAAAUUCAACAAAUGGGUAUCCAUUCAUGAAGUUGCUGUUAAAUGCAAAUAUCAACUAUUGAGUGAUUCAGAGGGAAGGAUCACCUUCACUACUUCAUACAAUGGAUGUCACGUGAGGAGAUUGAUGGAUCGUUACUUCUAUAACAUCUACUAUCAAGUGGCUCCAGGGAAGCUAGGACAGGCACUCAUGUCUUGUAGGACAGGAAUUAAUGUCACAGUCCCACCUGAAGCGUCUUUGCCGUCUGUGUUUUGUGGCAAGUCUGGCAUGAUAAUCACAUUACCCAAGGGAAGUCUUAAUGAAGUCAAAGUGAGAGAUGGUUUUGGCAAGGCAAUACCUGUUGGUAGUAUUGCCAAGCAAUGCAAUUAUCAACUCUUUCAAAUGAAGACUGGACACGUAAUCUUGAUUGCUUCCUUCCAAAGCUGUCAAAUUGCAUUUGUGGAUGGUUUCUUUGCCUUGAGCCUCCAAUUCCAGCAUGCUGAUCAUGUAAUGGGAGAGGUCUCUGCACUUUGCCAUGCGGGUGGGGAGCCAAAACCAUCUUGCCAACCUGAGCCUCCUACAACUCAAGACGUAUCUUCCAGUGUACUGUCUACAGUAAUUCCUGUAGCUGUGUCUGCUACCAUCUGCAAGAAGCAUGGCAUGACCGUAGUUCUACCCAAUGGUCCUAGGUGGGGGAUUGGAGUGAAAGAUCUUUCUGGCAAAGAAAUCACUGUGACUAGUGCUUUGGCAGAACAAUGCCAUUACAAUCUCUCUCUGCAUCUGGAGAAAAUAAUCUUUACAACUUCCUACACUGGCUGUUUUGUUGAGCAAGUGGGAGGUCGGUAUGUCCUGACUGUCCUGUACAGGACAGCUACUUGGAAUCGAGGGUCUGUGCGGAUGGAAUGCCCAACCAGUGCUGGAAGCCCUACAGAAUUGCCUCCUCUUCCAGCCACUGUGGGGAAACCCUUUCCUGUCUGCAGGUCCUCUAACAUGACUGUGGUGCUGCCGACAGGAUCUCUAGAAAAAGUCUUUGUACUAGAUGAACUCAAGAGGCCAGUUAAAGUCCUUGAUGCGCCCAAGUCAUGCAAUUACAGCUUGGUGGAGAGAAGAGGAGAGAUCCUCUUCACGGCUUCCUACAGUGCCUGUGAUGCCAAGAUCUUGAAUGGAAACUAUGUCCUGGCCAUUAUCUAUACAACUUAUUCUGGAGACUUUGCAUCAGUGCAGAUAGAAUGCCCUACCACUGGAGAACCAACAAAACCCCCUCCCUCUACAAAACCCAUUCCUCCAACUCCUGUCUGCAGAGCUUCCAGCAUGAUGGUGAAGCUGCCUGAGGGGCCUCUGGAACAAGUCAAGAUAAUGAAUAAUUCCAAUGGGCUAUGGGUAGCUGUAAAGGAUGUCCCAAAGAACUGCAACUACACACUGAUGAAGGAAAGAGGAAGCAACCUCUUCAUAACCUCCUACAAGGCCUGUCAUGUCAGGAUACUGAAUAAAAACUAUGUCUUGACUAUAAUCUACACAACUGCAACUGGGGUAAGAGGGAUGGUGCAAAUGACUUGUCCAGCAGUAGAGACAACAACCCAUACUACUAGGACAACAACUAUUGGGAAGCCAGGGACUACUGGGAAACCUACAAAACCAACUCUCCCUCCCACUCCUGUCUGCAAAGCCUCCAGCAUGACUGUAGCCCUACCCUCUGGGUCACUUCAAGUUUUGUUAUUGAACAUGUCCAACGAAUGGGUAGAUGUCAAUGCUGCUCCCAGUUACUGCAACUACAGUUUGGUGCAGGGAAGAGGAGGAAGGAACUUCUUUACAGCCCCCUACAGGGCUUGUGAUGUCCGGAUUCAGAAUGGGAACUACAUGUUGACCUUGCUUUACAUAACUGCUGCUGAUGAACGAGGGUACUUGGACAUUAGAUGUCCCACCACUGGUGGGGACCCAACAGAGACUACUAGAACCUCUGGUGGGGAGCUGACUGGAACCACUGGUGGAGAAAUGACAACUACUUGGAAACCUACAAUGCCACCUCUCCCUGACACUGCUCUCUGCAGAGCCUCCAGCAUGACUGUAGAACUGCCCUCUGAGCUACUUCAAAUUCUAGUAUUGAGUCCGUCCAAUGAAUGGGUAGAUAUCAGUGAUGCUCCCAGUUACUGCAACUACAGUUUGGUGCAGGGAAGAGGCGGCAAGAACUUCUUUACAACCCCCUACAGGGCUUGUGAUGUCCGGAUACAGGAUGGAAGCUACAUCUUAACCUUACUCUACAUAACCACUGCUAAGGGAGGCUACGUGCACAUGAGAUGUCCAAUUACCACCAGCGGGGGGACCUCCAGGACCACCAGCGGGGAGCCUCCCUCCAGGACCACCAGCGGGGAGCCUCCCUCCAGGACCACCAUUGGUGAGCCGACCAGAACAACCAGCAGGAAGACCACCAGUGGGAAGACAAUAACCAGGACCACCACUGGUUGGGAGCCAACAGAGACUACUAGCCCCUCUGGUGGGGAGCUGGCCGGAACCACUGGUGGAGAAAUGACAACUAUUUGGGAACCUACAAUGCCAACUCUCCCUGACACUGCUCUCUGCAGAGCCUCCAGCAUGACUGUAGAACUGCCCUCUGAGCUACUUCAAAUUCUAGUAUUGAGUCCGUCCAAUGAAUGGGUAGAUAUCAGUGAUGCUCCCAGUUACUGCAACUACAGUUUGGUGCAGGGAAGAGGCGGCAAGAACUUCUUUACAACCCCCUACAGGGCUUGUGAUGUCCGGAUACAGGAUGGAAGCUACAUCUUAACCUUACUCUACAUAACCACUGCUAAGGGAGGCUACAUGCACAUGAGAUGUCCAAUUCCCAUCAGUGGGAAGACUACCAGGACCACCAGCGGGAAGACCUCCAGGACCACCAUUGGGGAGCCGACCAGAACCGCCAGUGGGAGGACCACCAUUGGGGUGCAGACCUCCAGGACCACCAGCGGGAGGACCUCCAGGACCACCAGCGGGAGGACCUCCAGGACCACCAUUGGGGAGCUGACCAGAACCACAAGUAGGAGGACCACCAGCGGGAAGACCUCCAGGACCACCAUUGGGGAGCCGACCAGAACCACCAGUAGGAGGACCUCCAGGACCACCAUUGGGGAGCCGACCAGAACCACCAGUAGGAGGACCACCAGCGGGAGGACCUCCAGGACCACCAGCAGGAAGACUACCAGAACCACCAGCCGGAGGACCACCAGCGGGAGGACCUCCAGGACCACCAUUGGGGAGCCGACCAGAACCACCAGUAGGAGGACCACCAGCGGGAGGACCUCCAGGACCACCAUUGGGGAGCUGACCAGAACCACAAGUAGGAGGACCACCAGCGGGAGGACAUCCAGGACCACCAUUGGGGAGCCGACCAGAACCACCAGUAGGAGGACCACCAGCGGGAGGACCUCCAGGACCACCAGCAGGAAGACUACCAGAACCACCAGCCGGAGGACCACCAGCGGGAGGACCUCCAGGACCACCAUUGGGGAGCCGACCAGAACCACCAGUAGGAGGACCACCAGCGGGAGGACCUCCAGGACCACCAUUGGGGAGCCGACCAGAACCACCAGUAGGAGGACCACCAGCGGAAGGACCUCCAGGACCACCAUUGGGGAGCUGACCAGAACCACCAGUAGGAGGACCACCAGCGGGAGGACCACCAGCAGGAAGACUACCAGAACCACCAGCGGGAGGACCUCCAGGACCACCAUUGGGGAGCCGACCAGAACCACCAGUAGGAGGACCACCAGCGGGAGGACCUCCAGGACCACCAUUGGGGAGCUGACCAGAACCACCAGUAGGAGGACCACCAGCGGGAGGACCACCAGCAGGAAGACUACCAGAACCACCAGCGGGAGGACCUCCAGGACCACCAUUGGGGAGCCGACCAGAACCACCAGUAGGAGGACCAUCAGCGGGAGGACCUCCAGGACCACCAUUGGGGAGCCGACCUCCAGGACCACCAGCGGGAAGACUACCAAGGCCCCUACAAAUGUGGUCUGCACAGCUUCCAAUAUGGUGGUGGAGCUGCCCAGAGAGCCUUUAACAUUAGUUAAGGUUCUAGAUAAAUCCAACAAGUGGGUAGCUGUCAUUGAUGCUCCCAAGUACUGCAACUACACCUUGUCACAGGGAAGGGGAAGGAACUUCUUCAUAACCCCCUACACAGCCUGUGAUGUCAGAAUACUGAAUAACAACUAUGUUUUGAAAAUAUGGUAUCUGACAACUGGUGGCAAAAAAGGGUAUGUGGUGAUGAAAUGCCCUACUGGUGCUGGAGAACCCACAAAAAGCCCAACAACCACUACAUGGGAGCGAACCAAACCAACUAGGACCACCGGAAUCGCUACAAAGACAACUAUGAGCUCCACUAGCAGGGAGCCAACUGUGGUCUGCACAGCCUCUAGUAUGGUGGUGGAGCUGUCCAAGGAACCUCUGGUACUAGUAGAGCUUCUAGCUGAAUCCAGCAAGUGGGUAGCUGUCAUUGAUGCUCCUGAGAAUUGCAACUACACCUUGAUUCAGAGCAGAGAAAGGAACCUCUUCAAAACCCCCUACACAGCAUGUGAUGUCAAGAUUCUGAAUGAGAACUACUUCUUGGCCUUGCGCUAUACAACAAUUGAUGGUAAAGUAGGGUAUGUGCAGAUGAAAUGUCCAACCAGUGCAGGAGAACCAACAAAAGCACCUGCAACUACACACACGACCAGGAAAUCAACAAGGACCCCCCCAGCACCAGAUGUGGUGUGCAACUCCUCCGGCAUGAUGGUGGAGCUGCCUAAGGUCCCUUUAGACCUAGUGGAGCUUCUAGAUUAUUCCAACAAAUGGGUAGUCGUCAACAAGGCUCCCGUGUACUGCAACUACACCUUGCUGCAGGGAAGCGGAAGGACCCUUUUCAUAACCCCCUACAAAGCCUGUGAUGUCAGGAUACUGAAUGAGAACUACAUCUUGACCCUCCGCUAUACAACUUCUGGGCAACAAGUUUAUGUUCACAUGAAAUGCCCAACCAGUGCUGCAGCACCCACAAAAACACUUUCCUCUACAACCACUAUUGGAAAACCAACAAUACCCACUGUCUGCAAAGCCUCAGUCAUGACAAUGGAGCUGCCUGAAGGACCAAUUGAACAAGUAGCCCUGAUAGAUAAAUCCAACACUCUGGUAACUGUCAAAGAUGAUACCAGAGAGUGUGGAUACAGCUUGGUGCAUGGGAGAGGAAAGAACAUCUUCACAACCCCUUACACAGCCUGUGAUGUGAAGAUGCUGAAUGGAAAUUAUGUCCUGACUCUAGCAUAUGUAACCCUUACUGGGAGAAGGGUACCGGUGCAGAUGAAAUGUCCAACCAGUGCAGCUUUACCAACGGGGUCGCCACUCCCUCCCUUUGGGGUUUCUGUCCUCUGCAGUGAUACUUGCAUGACAGUGGAACUUCCUGAGGGACUGCUACAAGAUAUCCAGUUAAUGGAUGAAUCCAACAACUUGGUAGCUGUUACCAGUGCUCCCAAGACUUGUGGCUACAGUUUGGUGAAGGGGAAUGGCAAGAACAUCUUGACCGCUCCUUACAAUGCCUGUAAUGUCAAGAUACUGAACAACUUCUACAUCCUGAGAGUCCUUUACACCACUCUUACUGGGGAGCGAGGAGCUAUACAGGCCAAGUGUCCUGUUCCUGGUCUAGUACCACAUGAGGGGUGCAAGAUACCAAGAAGUCAGCAGGUUGCUUGUGGUCCACCUAAUGCUGAUCUACAACUGUGUGUGGCCAAUGGAUGUUGUGUGGAUGCAACAACUUCCCAGUGUUACUAUCCUUUGGAAGCGUGCACUGCAGAUGGCCAUUUUGUAUUCUCUGUAUACCGCACCUCAACCAAGCCAGAAAUCGAUCCUGGCAGUCUAGUAAUUGCAGGAAACCAAUCAUGUGCCCCAGUCAUCUGCACGCCAGACUUUGCCAUCUUCAAAUUUCCUGUGACUGGCUGUGGGACACAUGUCUUUACGGUGGCAGAGACUACAAUCUAUCUUGCUGAAGUUCAUGGCUUGGUUCGGGGGAACCAGCAGGUGUAUGGAAAAAUUACGAGAGAUGGCCCUUAUCGUUUCCAUGUGGAAUGUCGCUAUUCUAAAGGAAGUUUGGCCAGCACUGGUUACUUGAUGGUGAACCCACCGCCUCCAUCAGCAGCCUUGGCUUUUGGCUCACUUGGGGUUCGGUUAAGGAUUGCCACAGACACCAGCUAUACCAGCUUCUACCCUCAGUCCCACGUGCCCCUGAGCUUCUUGGUUGGAAGCAAGGUGUACCUGGAAGUGCAGCUUGUAAACCCUCCUAACCCCAAUGUAGUUCUGCUGGUCCACUACUGCAUUGCCUAUCCCCAGUCCUCUCAAGCUGCCUGGGUGAUCCUCUAUGAAGGUUGUCCCAACAUCCUGGAUUACAGCAGUGCUGCUGGCCUCCAUGUGAAAUACAAUAACAUGCCUGUAUCCAAGCACACUCGACGCUUUGAAAUACAAAGCUUCCAGUUCCUGGACUACAAGACCAAGCAGCAUUUGGAUGAGGAAAUCUAUUUUAUGUGUUCAACUGAAGUCUGUUCUCCUGAACGCCGUGUUUGUAAUGAAGGAUGCUUUGAUGGGAGAGAUAUGCCUGUUCCAGUAGAUCUUGGUGUGGGAGGGCGCUGUGCAGGAAAGCCCUGUCCUGGGAAAUCAAACGUAGUUAAGCGAGCUGCUUCUGGUCAUACCGGCCUCAUCGCUGUCGGUGAAGGAACCUUCAUUUUGGAUGAGAAUGUGCCCCAUGAACAAACUGAGAAGCACUGGACGCACUUCCAUGGUCUCCUGGGGCUGCUUGGUUUGCUGGUCUCUGUAUCUGUUGUAAUGCUCUUCCUCAAAAAAUGGGUUGUCUUGAAAAUUGUCAGGUCCCAGAGAAGCAGUCUCUAACUUGAAUAAACCUUUAUCUUGUUGAAA